AUGGACUUCUCAGAUCCAUCAAAUGCUGUUGGUCUUCCAGACCCAAUAGCAGAAUUAUUUAGUGUGACUCCAGAGACUGAUUCAGUGGAAUAUCCAGACACUGCUGAUGAAAAAUCUAAAGAGAACAGCAAAUCCGAUGAUCGAACAGAAACCUCAGGAUUAGACCACGAUUCUGCUGACAGUAAAAGUGCAGAAAGGACAUACAUGGACAAAUAUGUUAAGACAGAGAAGCAACCCAGCAAAACACAAGUUCCAUUAACAGAGAACAGGAGCAGCCAGGAGAUGUAUGGACCUUGGGAUUCCGUGAGAGACCAAGAGUGGAAAAGGAGGAUGGACCUUGAGAGAGUGACUCAAAUCAGAGUGACUCAAAUCACUGAGACUGAGGCCAUUAAAAUGAACAGUUAUGUACCUGACCAAUCCCAGGCUAAAGGAAGUAACAGAAAAGACAAGACCAAGAUGAGAGAAAACAGUGACUCAACCCCAAUGAAUGAUAGCCACAAUAUUAUUGAUCAGAGUCAGGAGUGUGUGGAUAUGUCCAGCUGGAUGAUGGGAUAUCCAGAUGAGGAGAACACUAGUGUAGGUGGUGCAGGUGUAGAUCCACAGAGUGAAGAGGGAAUCACAAAUUAUGAGCGCCAGCCAAAGAAAUUGUGUGCUGCUAGAAAGAGACUGAGUACACCAAAAACUCAGAGUGAGUUUGUACACAGAUAGUGCAGAAAGGGUAAAUAGUGAGCUUUUAGGCAGAGACAACAGCAAUGAGAGAAUUCCUGCUCAAACCCUGUGAGGAUUUACAUCGUAUAACUGUUUGCGUUAUUAUUUUCCAAAAUGUGAGUUGUAACUGUUAAAAAUUGUCCAAAUUGUUCCUAUGAUUGUGUUGUCUUAUUCUUUCAUCUAUCCCUGACAACUCUCUCUGCAGACAUAACGAGGAGUGUGUCUGAAUACUUAGCCAGACCCCCCGCUAACUUGUUAGUCAGACAACCCUCAUGGUGGCUGCAACUUUUUGAUCAUCAGAUGUUGUCUUUGGGUCAUCCAACAGCAAACCGGCAUCACGCAGGCCUUCCAGGUACAGCUGGCUUGCCCAUGUCUCCUUGGGGCCAUAAAUUACGUAGCUCGUCUCAUCUGCUGCAGGCUUCAUCUGCUCUAAUAGACCUCAGAGAGUCCUUCACCAUCUUGUAAUCAUGACAGAGAUGUCAACGUGUUAGAGAAGAUUUACAGCAGAUUCUCACUUGUAGAGAUUGUGAAAUGUACUUGCAGCUGUGCUGCAUGGUUAUCAUUCCUAACACAGUGAUACUCGAGUAAAAGAGGAAACUUUCAUGUUAAGAGGCUGGACUACAUGACAAUCAAAAUAACCCAGUGGUGAAAAAAACCCCCUAUAAAAACAUGUAACUCAUUACAUGUACACCAAUAAGUAAAUAAGCACACACUUGUUUCCCUGAAGGCCUGUUCUUUUAUGAUAAUGUGCCAAUUCAGAAGUUGUUUUUAGUAUUUGCUGUUUGUUGUUGUAGUCUUUGUUGGUGCCACAAGUACCUCAAAUAUCUGAUUAAAGAUUGGUCUGAUUUUAAAAUGUAAAUAUGCCUAGUUAUUGUUAAUCAGGAGUGAAAUAAAAGCGUGAUCUUUGCAAAAAACGGGUUGGAUGUCACUGUGGCUGAAUUAUGGUCAACAGGCAGAUUUUUUUUAAUGCCUAGAAUAUAUUUUGACUUCUCCACUUUUUUUUUUUUUUUUUUUUUUUUUAAAGCAGAAAUAAACAAAUUUAAAACUACUUUUACUGACUAGCUAACAUCGGCUAAGCAGAGAUCAUGUUUUGUUGAUAAGGAACCAGCUCAACUAAUGUAAAAAUGGUCAGUCUUCCUGAAGAUGUUUUAAUUGCUAACUUGCUAGCAGUUUAGAGCUUUCCUCGUGUAGUAAAUAUGCUUUGAUCAAGUUGUUGGUUAUAGCAAAUUUGGAGUUACUAUCUGAAACCCUCUAAUCAUUUUUUAAUCGUAAGGGCUAGAAACAAAAUUCUUUUUUUCAUGUUUCAUAUGUACAUGUAGACAGUUCAUCAGACCCUCACCAAAUUUGACUCGGAUCAUCAUUAGACCAUGCUGGCAAAAAGUUAUUAAAAGCUUUUUGAUGAUAGACCAAACCGUUCUCAAAUAACACGCAAACGAAUUAGACACUGAGCAUGCUGAAAUGGGCAUGACGCUAUAUCUCCAUAACAGUUUAGCAUAUUCAGACUAAACUUGGUAUAUCUCAUAAGCAUAAUGACUUGAGGGCACCUGCACAGUUUUAGAUCAACACUACUCAGUGUUCAUGAGAUAUGAAAAAAGCAUUUUUUUGCUUUUUGGACAGUUUGUCUGAUUUUCACCAAAAUUUGUUUUAGAUUAUCUUCAGUCCAUGCCAGCAAAAAGUUAUGGAUUUCAUGUUCAAAAAAACUUUUUGGUAUCUCAAACCAUUUCCAUAUAA